AUGCCCUCGGCUGCUGUGAAAGCGGCCAUGCAAAAAGCAGCUGAACGCGCUGCUCGGGUGGUUGGAAACCAGCCAGCGGGCAAAACCAAGAAUGGGAGGUCGCCUCUUGAGAUGAUGUUGCAACCUUUGCCAUCCAAGACCAGCACGCCUUCUCGCAAAGCUGGGAAUCUGGAACGAGGAGUCAGCACUGCCUCGACAGUUCCAGCUGAUGACAAUCUUGCUCGUAGCCUGGUCGUGGCAGAUAUGCAAAGUCUCAAGACCCCAUCGCCCAGAGAGAAGGCACCAGCUGAGGUGGUUUCUGCCCCAAAGACUACAAAGAAAGAGGAGGUACAUGUCACCAGGUCCCCUACCCAGUACUACUCGCCAUCAAAAGGUGAACGUUCCAAGAAUGGUAAAAAGGUUCCUAAGGUUCCAGAGGCCAAGACAACGGCGGUCAAGAGAAGUGCAAAACCGCCGAAGAAGACGAUCGACAAGAAGACACCGACCCAGACCGAUGACCAACAGAAAGAACCCAAGACGAUCGACAAGAAGAAAAAGAAUCAGACUGAGGACCAACAGGACACGACACCCCCCAAGCAGGAGACCGUACCAACAGCCAUUGCUGUGCAUGCAACCUUGCAACGCGCAGCUACGGUGGACAUCAACAGCGGACCCCCACCGCCAUCCCCUGGUGGCAGUGACAAUGAUGAGAGUGGGAGCGCAAGUGACUCUGAUGGUGGGGGUGAUCAGAAUGAAGACAACGAUGACCAGGAAGGUCCGGAAGGUCCAGGUGAGGACGGCCUUACAGCAGAACAUGUGAGGCAGAAGAAACUAGCACAUGCGCGCUACAUGCUCUUCAGCAGAAGCCUGCAGAGUCGCCGAUGCCCUAUUGAAAUCAAGCGCGCUGGGAAGGCAGCGUUCCGCUGUUCAGAGAGGAUCAGCAUCUUGUACGAGCAGUGGAUCGAAUGUGCUGGCCACUGGUCAGAAUCAUCACUGCUGCAGCAGUUGAGGUAUGAAAAGCGUCACAGGCGCAUUGGCGCUCGCAAAUGGCUGACGUAUGCGGAAUUGGUGAUCAAAUAUGGGAAUUCCGACUGCGCACGCAAAAUUUGCGAGUCCAAACGUCGGGAUCCUGAAGUGGCCAAAGAGCAGAUCAGACCCCAUCCAGACUGCCCAGGUGACAGAGAGAUGGACCAGUAUCUCGUUUGGGAUCAGGACAGCGAAGAAGACCAGGAAGACCACGUAACUAGUACUCUGUUCGAGGCCGUGGAUCGAGAGAAAUCAAGGGAGCGCAAGAAGGAGAGCAAGCCUAAGGACAGCAAGAAGAAGAAGAAGAAGACUAGCAAGAAGGGAAAGAAACGUGGACGUGCCUCUUCGUCCGACUCCAGUUCCAAGCCCUCCACUGAUUCCUCUGAUGAUGCCUCUUCGUCCAGCUCUGAGGACAAGAAGAAGAAGAAGAAGUCCAAGCAGAAUGGGAAGAAGAGCGGCAAGAAAAAUAGCAAGACUAAUGGCAAGAAAGACAAGAAAGACAAGUCGAAGAAAGACAAGGACAACAAGGAUAAGAAGAAGAAGAAGAAGGACUCAGAAUCCAGCUCGGCGUCGGAAACGGAAGAGACACCUGAAGAGAAAGCGAAGCGAGAGCAAAAGGACCUGGAAAAGAAAGCGAAGGAGGUCAAAAGCAAACGCAUUGCAAAGGCAAACAAAGCUGUGAACAAGCUCCAGUCGUCGCUCGCAAAGGUCUCCCUGGUUGAGAUCAAAGCAUCCAGCAUGUCGGCCAAUCUGAAGAAUGUGUUUCUCCAGGAGCUUGCCCCGCAGAAGCACAACCUGAGCAAGGCACGCGAAGACUUGCAAAAGGCGGUUGAUGCUGCCAAGGGUGGUGGGGAUUUGGCCCUGCUGGAUGCGCCGGAAGAGUCAGCCGAGAUCGCUGUGAAAGAGUUCACAGAGUUUUUGACGAGCAACAAUAUGAAGUAA